AUAUAUCAUUAUAAUGACAAAAGAUUCAGGAAGAAAGUGUUCCAGUUGUGGAAACAAUGGACAUAAUUCAAGAACAUGUAAAUGUAAUAGCGAAAAACAACAAAUGGGUGUGAAAUUAUUUGGUGUUACAAUUAUGAAAAAAGAGGACGAAUCGAUGAAGAAAAGUUUGAGUAUGGGAAAUUUGUUACAUGCACAUAAUCAUCUUGAUGAUGAUCGAGGUUAUCUUUCUGAUGGUGGCCCUAAGAGAAGAGAUUCACAUGAAAGAAAAAGAGGUGUACCAUGGACAGAGGAAGAACAUGAAACAUUUCUGAAAGGAUUGAAAAAACUAGGGAAAGGUGAUUGGAGAGGGAUCUCAAGGAGAUUUGUUACUACAAAAACUCCAACUCAAGUAGCUAGUCAUGCUCAGAAGUAUUUCCUUAGGCAAAAAGCUGCUAGUUCUUCCUCUUCUAUCAAGAAGAAACGAAGAACAAGUCUCUUUGAUCUUCAUCGCAAAUCCAACAACCACCAUUCUCCUCUCUCUAACCUAAACCCUACAAAGCAGUUGACAGAACAAAUGGCUGCCUUGGCAACAACAGCUACACCUAGGCCAUCAAUGGAGAAUUCAAUUUGGCCAAAGCCUGCUGCGAGUAGGGCGUCAGUAGAAGCUUCAUUGUGGCCAAAGCCUGCUCCAACUUGUGCAAUCACUCCCCAUGCUAAUAUUCCUCACAUGGCAGGAGGUUCUACCGGGAGAUCGAACCAUGCAGGACUGUCUAUGGUUUCGACUAUGGAUUAUGCAAACAGUGGGUACUUCUAUGCAUCACAAAGUAUUGGCAAACUUGCUAUUGGACCUCCUCAUGCAGCAGCAGCAGCAGCAGCAGCAGCAUCUGCAUCAUUCUCAUUGGCAUCGCCACAGCCAAAGUUCAAAGCUCAGAGUGAAGAGCUUGGAAAUUCUAGCUCCCCUGUGAAUACUGAUUUGAAACUCAGCAUUGGAGGUCAUUCUCCUAUGCCAAAAGAUAGAAACAAGUUCUCAUCCGAGACUUCAAACUUGAUCAGUGUUGUAUGAUCAUGAUUUUUGCAGUUUGAGCAGUUGUCAGGACUCAGGAUUUAAGAUAAUAAAACAUUGUUUCAAUUUCAGAAUUUUUUUGUUCA